UGGUCCGGAAGUGUCUCCAGGAGACGCCGGGCGGGCUGCGCUGCCUGUCUGCAAGGGGCGGCGGCUGGUGGCAUCAUGGAGCACAUCCGUACCACGAAGGUUGAACAGGUGAAAUUGCUGGACAGGUUCAGCACAAACAGCAAGUCACAAACUGGAAUGCUUCACCUUACAGCCACUCAUCUCUUAUUUAUCGACGCUAACCAGAAAGAGACUUGGAUACUACACCACCACAUUGCUUCUGUGGAGAAACUUGCCUUGACAACAUCGGGCUGCCCUCUGGUGAUCCAGUGCAAAAACUUCAGGAUAGUUCAUUUCAUUGUUCCCAGGGAAAGAGACUGCCACGAUAUUUAUAAUUCCUUGCUUCAGCUGUCUAAACCAGCAAGGUACGACGAACUUUAUGCCUUCUCAUACAACCCGAAGCAAAGUGAGACGGAGCGAGUGCAGGGCUGGCAGCUUCUUGACCUUGCGGACGAGUACAAUCGGAUGGGUGUGCCCAACUCCAACUGGCAAUUGUCAGAUGCCAAUCGGGAUUAUAAGAUCUGUGAAACCUAUCCCAGAGAACUGUAUGUUCCCAGGAGUGUGAGCAAGCCCAUAAUAGUUGGCAGUUCUAAGUUCCGAAGCAAAGGAAGGUUUCCUGUGCUGUCAUAUUAUCAUAAAGAUAAUGAGGCUGCCAUUUGCAGGUGUAGUCAACCUCUAUCUGGGUUCAGUGCCAGGUGUUUGGAGGAUGAGCACAUGUUACAAGCAAUCAGCAAAGCGAAUCCUACUAAUCAUUAUAUGUAUGUCGUGGACACCAGGCCUAAGCUGAAUGCAAUGGCAAACAGAGCGGCAGGUAAAGGCUAUGAAAAUGAAGACAACUAUUCCAAUAUUAGAUUCCAGUUUGUUGGUAUUGAAAACAUCCAUGUAAUGAGAUCCAGCCUGCAGAAACUUUUGGAAGUCUGUGGCACAAGAGGGCUUUCGGUCAAUGACUUCCUGUCUGGUUUGGAGAGCUCCGGAUGGCUACGACACAUCAAAGCCGUGCUGGAGGCCUCUAUCUUCUUAGCCAAAGCCAUAGCUUUUGAAGGCGCAAGUGUUCUUGUCCACUGUUCUGAUGGCUGGGACCGGACAUCUCAGGUUUGCUCCCUGGGCUCUCUGUUGUUGGAUCCCUUCUAUAGGACAAUUAAAGGAUUUAUGGUUUUGGUAGAAAAAGAUUGGAUUGCUUUUGGACACAAGUUUUCAGACAGAUGCGGCCAACUGGAUGGAGACCCGAAGGAAAUCUCGCCAGUGUUUGCCCAAUUUUUAGAAAGCGUCUGGCAUCUGACAGAGCAAUUUCCACAAGCUUUCGAGUACAAUGAGGCUUUUCUCCUCCAGAUCCACGAGCACGUCCAUUCCUGCCAAUUUGGAAACUUCAUUGGAAACUGCCAAAAAGAGCGAGAGAAACUCAAACUGAAAGAGAAGGCUUAUUCCUUGUGGCCUUUCCUCCUGGAUGAACAAAAGAAAUAUCAGAACCCCAUCUACAACGAGCAUUUUUCUCAGUCCUUUGCUGUUCUGGAGCCGGACACGGUGUCCUUCAAUUUUAAGUUUUGGAGGAACAUGUAUCAUCAGUUUGAUCACACGAUGCAUCCCAGGCAGUCUGUGCUGAACCACGUCAUGAACAUGAGAGAACAAAAUAAAAUGCUAGAGAAAGACAUUAAGGAAUUGGAAGCGAAAUUGGGCUGUCGCGUAAACAAGGAAGAGACAGACGCAGCCUUCACCAAGGAACCUUUGCAGCCUGUUGAUCCCCUGUCCCCGGUCCACAGAAUGUCCCAGUGCUUUAAGAAAGAGCAACCCCUGCUGCAUGCAAAUGACUGCCUCCGAACGAUAGAGGGCUCCAAUGCAGCAGACAACCGGUACAGCGAGUAUCUGGAAGAGCUCUCCAAAGCAGAGCCCGGCGUUGUCAGCCUCGAGUACGGAGUGGCCAGGAUGACUUGUUAGGCAUCCCAUGGAGCGUGGCUCUCUCUUCCUGUCUGAAAAGACUCAUGCUCAAGAAGAAGGGCAUUGUGAUAAGAGCGAACUCUUGGUGCAUGACCAAAAACUGACUUGUGUAAUUGGAGAGACCGUCAACCUAGACUUAGCGUAGCACACUAGUUGUUAAAGAAACAGUUUGCUUUUUCCCCCCCUGUUGAGAAGUAAUUCAGUAUAGUGAUCUUGAAGGAAAUGUGGAGAACUUAUUGUUUGUUUUUUUGUUUUCUGUAGCUUAGAGAAUCGAGGAAUGAAAGUGGGGGUAUGUCCUCGCUGUAUGACAAACUUAUAGUUUGCACUAGAGAUUUCAGAAUGUUACUACUUAACGUGUUCAUUGCCAAAUCGUUAAUGAUCUUCGUAAUUCUGCUUCUAAGAAAAAACAAAACUACUUACCCGGACAGCUGAAAGUGUACAUAUAAAUAGUGUAAAUUGUGCAUCUGUCGCUUGUUAUUGAUUUUUGAUUACUCAAAUGCCAUGGAAAGUACUGUAUACCAAACCAGAAAGAACUGGUCUUACAUUUUUCAGAUCAUUGCUCUGUAUUUUAUAUGUGUGUCGAGGACAUCUGACUCCAAGAUAUUCCAGUGUGUUGUCCUUGGGAUCAGGUUUUGGGAUCUCUGAGAGAGGCACUCACCAGAAUCCAUCUGUUGAGGUGUUCAGUGGCUACAGUACCUGUCAAAUUCCAGUCUCCUUUCUUUAAACUUUUUUUUACAAAGUUUGUACAAUUGGGUAACCCAAAUACGGUUAAUGGUCUGAAAUUGUGUCCUUGAAUCUGUUAAUUUUCUACCCAGUUGGAAUAUAAUUUUAUGACAUGACUUCUAAUUUGCGUGUCUAUGUGAAUGAUUAAAAAAUUUUGGACCCA